AUGGUACCUAUAAAUAUAAAUAGCCGACGAUUCGCGCUAAUUGAUUCGGAUUUACCAUCUACUGAUCGUAAACCAACACCUUCAUGUAGCCCAGAAAUUCAGAAUAGCCCAUUUGUUUUCCAAAACAUUGGACAACCAAAACAAUCGCGGAUUGAUGGCGAAGUUUGGCCCCCUAUAUUCAAACCUGAAUUCAUAAGGAGCGCUAAAAUGAUGCAACCUCGCAAAGGCGAUGUCUUUGUUUGUACAUAUCCAAAAUGUGGUACAACAUGGAUACAACAUAUUUGUUCGCAACUUAUGACUGAUAAUUAUGGACCACAAGUUGGACAUGGUAAAGAAUUAUGCGUAACAAGUCCAAUGAUUGAAAGAAUGGGAGCUAAAUUCGCCGACAAUUUAGACAGUCCAAGACUAUUAAAAACCCAUUUUUCUUGGUACAAUUUGCCUAAAAGCACACAAGCGAAAUAUAUUUUUGUUGUAAGAAAUCCGAAGGAUUGUUUAAUAAGUUACUUCCAUCAUAAUCGCAAUUUUAAAAUCUACGACUAUGAACAUGGCAAUUUUUCCGAUUUCUUUGAACUAUUUUUGUCAGACGAUAUUGCAUUUGGCAAUUACUUUAAUCACCUAAAAAGUUGGCUGCCUCAUAUAACAGACGAAAAUGUUCUUUUUCUUAAAUAUGAAGAAAUGUGCGAAGAUCUUCCAGAAGCAAUCGUUAGGAUAGGUCAUUUCAUUGGUGGCAAAGCUGCUAAGAAGAUUGAAGAUCCAACGAUUUUGGAGCAAAUUGUUUUAGAGAGCACUAUCGAUUCAAUGAAAAAGAAUCAAUGGCGUUGGUUUCCCGCCGACAAUUUGCGCCAAAAUAAUUUUGUACGGAAAGGAGGAAGUCGAAACUGGAAAAAUCAUAUGACACGUGAACAAUCAGAUCGCAUAGAUGCUGAAUUUCGACGACAAUUUGAAGGAACGCUCGCUGCUAAUUGGUGGCGGAAAGAAAUGGCAUGGGAAUUAGAUGGACAGGAAUCUGAAUUUCUUCUAAACGAUGAUGACUUUUAUUCUCAACGAAGCAAUAAUCUACCAACGAAUGAUGAUGAUGUCGAAGAUGAAGGCAUUUUCGAUAUAAACAGUUCAAUAAAGCCUACAGAACCCUCAAAAGCAAUCACUAUUCCAGUACCGGCUUGGCGGAAAUACUCUACUGCAUAUUCAUUGUCAUCUGGGUUUGGUUCAUUAUUUUCCGCACAUUCUUCUCUAUCAUCUUCACCCUUUGAUAAGACCACAUAA